AUGUCUUCUGACAGUCCCACAGCAGCACAGCAGCAGCUACAGCAGGCACGGAGGGGUGGGUCUGGCCCUUUGGACCACUACCCCUGUGACGGGCCGUCCCUCGCUAGAACCGGCUCUCUCACUCCCUCUGGCGCUUUUGAGUCGACUCAAAAGCAGCAGGCGAGGAGGGGUGGGUCUGGCCCGUUGGACCACUACCCCUGUGACGGCGGGCCGUCCCUCGCUAGAACCGGCUCCCUCACUCCCUCUGGCGCCCACACCCCCUCGGCCUGCCUCACUCCCACUGUGCCCCAGUCUCCGUUUGGCGACUCCUCACGGCAACACAGAGUGGAGCGACAACGCAAAAUGGCGGAGGCCAAGGGGCGCACGGGGGGUGCUGCAGGUGCCGGGUUGGCAUCGCCAGAUGUGGCCAGCUUGAAGCGCAAGUGUGAGACUCUUGAAACGGAGAACCGGAGCCUCAAGACGUUCCAGAGCUUCAUGAACAGGAAGGACUCAGAGCAAACAACGCGGAUAGAGCAGCUGGAGCAGGAGAACGCCCAGCUGCGAGCAGAGAACGAGAGGCUCAGGGAGGAGCUUGCUGCUGCUCGACAGACAGGAAUGGCCAUACCAAGCAUGCCCACCAUGCACGCUGCUGGGAUGGCGCAGCCAUGA